UUUGCACCGUCUGUUGAGAAGAAAAAUAGACCUAAAAGGCAAAAAUGAACAAUUGAACACACUAUCUUGUAUCCACCUAUCGAUUUAGCCAAAACAACUCGAAAUCCAUUCAAGACUUUUGACGCGCAGGAACGUGCGCACGUAAAAGGCAAUAAGGAAACCAAAUUUCAUUUCAGAAUUGGUUAAAAUUAUGUUAGGAUCAGGGUUUAGAUAAGGACGCCAAACAACAGAAGAAGGCAGAAGAACUUCUAUUGGCUGAAGCAAGUUUUAGGAGAAAUGCCUUCAGAAUCAUCCAAAUAAUGAUUGAACUAUGCAAUGAGAAGCCUGGCUGUAGGGUGUAUGUGGAUGAGAUUCUCCACAGCAUCUUCUUCUUAGGUUUCAUUCAUAAACCCCAACAAUGCACCCCCAACGAUAUCCUUGGUGAAUUUAUGCCUCAAAUGGAGGGGAUUUUCCCGGGACCAUUUGAGAAUUACAACAGUAAACUGCCAAGACGGACUCCGUUCUCCUCUGUGCUGGAUAUGGUGGUCUCCUUGCUUGGACCAGACAGAGAGAUCAAUAUACUGGAGAGACUGAAGGAAAUCGCCAAUGACAUGUCAGAACCCAAGAGUAAAUACCAGUUCACCUCCUCGACCAUCUGUGUCUCUCAAAGGAAGGAUGUUCAAAGAAGUUACUAUGGAGCGUCCAUGUCCUGCACGGGGAAGAAAGAAGGACAGAUUAUGAUCGCUGUGUCCUGUCUGUGUACCUGGCACUACAGUGUAUCCAAUGCCGUGAUGACAUACAAGCCAGAUAAGAACAAGAGAAAGAACUUUGAUGGCACCAUGAAACUACAAGAGUAUGUAAAGUGCCAGGCUUCCAAUGUGAAGAGUGGGGAGAAGAUGCCUCCUUGCAGGUCCUGUGGUCAUCUUUUUGGUCUGGAGGAACCAAGCAAUCAGAUGUGGCCCUAUGGGAACUGCGCAGAGGCAGAGAGCUUGAGCAAACUGCUCUAUGGAGAGGAAGAGAUUGUUAAGAAUGUAGUACCAUCAGUUGAUUGCAAAAUGCGAGAGCAAGUGGUGAAGGAGGUAAAGGCUCACCUGGAAGAGAAGCUCCAAGAGUCAGAAUUUCAAUGGGAUUCUUCCUAUUACAUUCCACAGUAGAUUGUCAGAGAAACGCAUGUGCGCACACGCACACACACACUAAGUUUACAGAUAUACAGAUGCACAUUCCUACUGUGACACACUGAGAUCCAAAACAUUAAACAUAUAAUCAUAGCUUGGUGCGGGGCUAGCAACAUGUGAUUUGUGUCUGACAGCUAGCAUUGAAACAUUGCCAAAGCAGUGAACCACUCUGUGCAUAUAGUAUACAGUAUAACUGCUAGGCUAUAGCUAUCGGCUCUUAUCAAUGAUAUCUGUGAGGUAGAUGGUUCUUUUAGAAGGGGACCGUUGUUUAGAGUACCUCAUGGAGAUACCUGAAAUUGAAUUUAAUAUUCUAGUCUAGACAAAGCAUUUAACAUAUAUAUAUAUAUAUAUAUAUAUAUAUAUAUAUAUAUAUAUAUAUAUAUAUAUAUAUAUAUAUAUAUAUAUAUUUUUUUAAAUAUGAUUUUAAUUGGGAUUUUAAACUUUAUUUCUGUAUACUCUAGUUAUUAAUGCACAUUUUUACUAAUCUGUAACAAAUUACUAAUACUGUAAACGUUGGUGUGAAUUCAUGUCUGGGUUGAUUUCUAGCUAUUUGAGGAAUUAAUCUAAUAAAGGAACUUACAUUGUAACCAUU